AUGACUUCUCCAGGGCCCCCCAGUUAUUCUGAAACUGGACCUCCGGCGGCUCCGCAAGCGACAAGCGACUUUCGAACGCUACCUCCGGCCUACACGUUCCCAGAGAAUUUCAAGAUCGGCUCGACCAGGACCAAUGGUCUUCUGGUCACUAUUCCACAAAUCAAAGGCCAUUUAUCCCUGCUGCACGCAUUUGCGACCUUGAGGAAAGAGGUAGAGACAUGUAGGGCCGAUAUACCCAAUAUGCCGGAUGACCUGGAGAAACGAUGGGCGUGGUUCGUGCAUUUGUCUGUCGAAAGAUUCGACUGCUGGGUGCGAACGUUGAUUCCAACAGACACGUUCUUGCCUGUCGAAGACACGCUACCCCCGCUGGAUAUCUUAAUGGUCUGGCACGCGUACAUGCUUAAUCCAAGGUGGUACAUGGAGGAUGGUCUACGCAUGCAAAUGCUCGCGACUCUCCACGGAAUGGGCAAACAACUCGCCAAUGCCUUGGUGCGCAUCAUUGUCAUCAGCUUUUCCAUGAAGAGUCAGUGCCUUUAUGGAGCGCCUCAUGCUACCCUUCGAUCCCCGGACUCCGCUCCCGCCCUCGAGACCAAGCUUAUUGAAUGUCCGCGCUGUCAGCGGCCUAUUCAAGUCCCUUUAAUGAUGCCCGAAGGCGAUGGCUACUUCCAGUCAGAUUUCAUGACGAUAUGCGCCCAGGGUGACUUAUGCGGGGAGCUCAUCAUCACGAAGGAAACGUUGAGGGCGAGGAAACUUGCAGAUAAUCUGAGUCGAGUUGGGGAGGCACCGGACGCCUUUCUCCCAGGCACAUUUUUCACGAAUUCAUCUUCAGCCGACCAGAAAGCAAGUGGUGUUCUGAAGAAGAGGUUCUGCAAUCUCUUGAAGUAUAACGAGCGUUUAGCAAGGGUAUCCAGCACGGGCGUGGACCGCACACUGGCAUUUAAAAUCUUGGAGGAAUGCGAGUUUUCGCUCGCACACAUGAGGGCAAGGUUCGGGCCUCACAAACUAAUAGGAAGGAUUAUGAGUGCUCACCUCGAACCGAUGGUUUAUUCCGUCGACCUGGCUGGAGCCGUCCUCCGUCAGGGCAGCUUUGUGAAGAAGAUGUACGACUUGGGAUGGACGGGGCCUGGAUACUUCGACGCUCCUGAAGACGAAAUUGCCCUACAGCAUGCCCUGGCUCGAUAUCAUGCCUUUAUGGACCUUCUUGCGUCUUCGCCUACCAGUUUCUUCGUUCCAACUCUCGACAUCGAUCUCGUUUGGCAUACCCACCAGCUGCGAUCUGCGGACUACGCCGCGGAUUGCCAGCGAUACAUUUCUCGCUUCAUCGACCACGACGACAAGGUGGACGGCUUCAAGCUCUCCUCUGCUUUUGAUAUCACCUGUCGCGCGUGGAAGGACCGUUUCGGCAUCGAAUACACGUAUUGUGGCUGCCCUCUCCCAGGCGACACCAUAGGCCAGCGCCUCUCCCGCUUCCUCUCCUCCCAACGCAUACCGCCUAUCUCGCCAUCACACCUCGCACCCCCGCCGAACCGCGUCGACUUCAUCUUGGCUACCCACGCCAGCGAGCACAAUGGCGUCCACUUUGCGCCAUGUAAUGAGAGGGUUGCCAAGGUUAUGGAGAGGAGGUACAGGAAGCACCUGGCAAGGCAGGAAAGGAGGGGGGAGAGGGAGAGGAAGAAGAGGGAAGAGGAUAGGAUGUAUGGUGAUAGGGAUGUGUAUGGUCACCCGUACGCGUUCCUGUACCCCGUACCGAUGUUUUAUCCCGUACCCGUUGCGGGAGGGGAAACGGACGGUGUGGAGGUGGGGGUUGCAGUGCUGGAGGGUGUGGGUCUGCUGGAUGUGGGGGAGGAUGUGGAAGCUCUGGAGGAGGGGAUGGUGGUGGUGGUGGUGGUGGUGGCGGCUGUGGAGGUGGAGGUGGAUGUGGGGGCGGGGGCGGGUGUGGAGGAUCUUGAGGUCUCUUCUGAGCUGAUGGAAAGAAACAAGUGA